AUGGAGGGAGAGUUAACUGAAUUAUUACAAAGAUUUUUGCUGGAGGGGAAUGAGAUCUCUGGAGCUAAACUGGAGUUGGAGGACCUGAGCAGUGGAGUGAAGGACUGUAAAGGAAGCCUGAUAGGAAGAAUCAUGGGUGAGAAAAUAGCUAACUUCACGGGGGUGAAGAAUUUUGUGACCGCAGCUUGGAGUUACACCAAGAAUCUGACAAUCAUGGAAUUGGGACCAAACUUGUUCCAAUUUAAUAUCCCAAACCAAGAAGAUAAAGAAAGAAUAGUGACAGGGGGUCCUUGGUUAAUGAAUAAUCAAAUCUUAGUGCUGAACAGAUGGUCAGAAGGGAUAGAAGAGAAUUAUGGUGCCUUUGUUACUGCUCCUUUAUGGGUUCAGAUUUGGAACCUUCCUGUGCAUUGGCUCUCCAAAGAGGUGGGCAGGAAAAUAGGAGCAGUGUUUAAAGAUAUAAAGGACGUUGUUAUCCCUCAGGGAGGGGGAAAAGAAGGUAGGCACUUGAAAGUUUUGGUACAUGUUCAUCUGUCAAAAACCCUGCUCAGAGGAACAUUGGUGUAG